AUGGCAGAAGAUGGUCAAAAGAAAAUGUUAACACAAUUUGACCAAAUUGAGAAAAAUAAUCUCAUCAAUGAGAAGAAAAUGAUAAUUUUUUUCCAACAAUCAAUAAAAGAUGAUGUUCCCACACUCUCACAACACAAAGGAACAUCUUACUCAAUAUGGGAUGCGUUAAAAUAUAAAUAUGAAGGCAGUAAACAAAUGCUUAAGAACAAAAAGGCACUGAUCAAAAAGAAAUUUGAUAUAUUUACAAUCUUAAAAGGUGAAUCGUUAAAACAAGUAAUCGAACGAUUCUGUUAUCUUGUAAAUGAAAUGAGGAGGCUAAGAAUCGAAAAAGACAAAGAAGAAUUAGUGCAUAAGUUAGCUGAUGCAUUACCGCAGGGUGGUGAUUGGUCAACAUAUCUCAUGAUUCUGAAAAAUAUCAGAGAAUAUGAAGAUUUUCUCUAA